AUGAAACCUAUUCGAACUGGAAUGUGCGGAGCUCAAUAUCUUCAUGGCGAAGGUAAUAAUCAAGUAUUCGAUAUAUGUAAUCAACUGGGUUGUCUUGCCGAUGAUCAAAAUAAAUCAGGUCAGCAAGGAUUUCUUCCAUUUAUUGCAUAUCUUCGUUCAUCAAUAUCUGAACAUGAAAUUCAAUUAAAUUGUAAAGUAACAAAAGUAAUGAGUGAAUGGUAUAAGAAUCGCUUCAUUUGUGAAGCAUACAGCUAUCAUUCAGUACGAUCUUCACGAGAAGAUCAUGAAUUAUUGCAAAAACCUUAUAUACCGGGCAAAUUAUCACGUAUAUUGUUUGCCGGCGAAGCAAUUCAUCCACGAUUCUUUUCCACUAUUCAUGGUGCUUUUGAAAGUGGAAUACACGAAGCACAACAAAUUUUAUCCAUUUUUGAAGACAAUCAAUAA